CUUAUUGACCUGAACCAACAGUUGCUUGUAACGUUAGGAGUUAGUCACAGCUCACUGGACGAGCUAUGUUGUGUGACAUCCAAGUAUGGUCUACAUUCCAAGCUGACAGGAGCCGGUGGGGGAGGAUGUGCUUUCACUCUUGUCACACCAGGUAACAUUAAAGGGACAGAAUCGUGUAAACUACGCUAGAGUUAUAAAGGUGCACUGUACACUAGGAAGGGGGGGGGGGGGGGGGGCAACCCCCUUAUGAAAGGAACGGGUAUGUUCAUUGGGGCCUUAAAGAUCCACAGCCGCGGACGAAAACAAGACGGCAAAAAACACAAAAGGUUAACAAUAGGUUUAUUAAGAAAAACAACAACUUCCCACGUCCAACACAUUUUUUUUACAUUUUUUUUCCAAGGGGGGGGGGGGGGGGGGGGGGGGGGGGGGGGGGGGGGGCAACUCCCUUAUGAAAGGUACGGGUAUGUUCAUUAGGGACUUUAAGAUCCAACGACGCGGACGACAACAAGAACGUCAAAAACACAAUAGGUUCACAAUAGGUUUAAUUAGCAAAACAACAACUUCGCACGUGCAUCACACUUUUUUUUACAUUUCUUUCCCGUUUUUGCACGACUACGACGUGAAAAUGCCUAAUUUCGCGUUUUAUGGAGGACGUAAACAAACAACGACGAAAUUUAUUUCUCUUUCUGAGCUUGAAUAUGGUCCCUUGAAAUUCCGCUUCAGGAGGGUUCGCCUACAAUUGACAAAGUAAGUAGGUAGGAAUAAUCGCUGUAAAGACUGAAAGAACGCAAAUUCACUUUUUAAGCGACGUUCUUGUCGCCGUCGCGUCGUUGGAUCUUAAAGUCCCUAUUGUCUGUCUUGGGUGGCCUGUGCGCAGACACCCCCUCCCCUCAAAAACAUCUCUCCCAAUUUUUUCUUUACGGGAGGGGGCGUCUGUACACAGCUAGCUUAGGGAUGUAAAGUCAGUGCGGAUUUUGGUCUUACUUAUGGUUUUUAGGAUAAAAAGUCAAACUUUUUCCUGGCAAACAGGUAUCGCUUAGGAUUGUGCGUAAAGAAAGAUCUUUUUAAAAAAACAAAACAAACAAAUGCCGCUCUUCUGUGUUAAAGGUACCAUUCGAGCAUUCGAUGUGGAAAGUUAUAAUCUCUAUUGCUCUUAGUUGGUUAUCCUUUCAGUAUGGUCUCAUUGAGGUCAUAUGUAGCCAAGCCACGCCCAAGUUGGUAACUUUUAGAGUAUAAUUCUGUUUUCCAACUAGCAUUCUCGUCUCUUUCAUACGGGAGCCCACCCCUUCCCCCUCUCGAUGUACACACUGAUGCUCAGAGUGGCCUUUGAACAACAGCACAUAUUACGUUCUCCAAGGCGUGGCUGAAACCUUCGUUAACUGGCCAAAGUGGUACCUGGAGAACAGUUCUAUUAACUGAGCUUUUUAGAAUUUGAGAAAAAUGGUUUGACCCUGGUCGAGGCGAAAAAUACCAUAAUAAUAUACCAUAAUAAAAUAUCAUAAUAUGAAUUUACAGAAUAUUAGGGUAUUUUCCACUUCGGUAGCCUGAGAAAACAGCUGACAUUUCGCGACGCAACCACUGGUUUCCCGAGUCCAUAGAGCAAACUCCCCAUUUGGGGAGUCGAGAGAAGUCACGCGAGAGUAACUCGCGAAAAGAGAUGCGAGUGCGAGGGGCUCGCCUCGCUUUGCAAAAAUGGAUACAUUGCUAGUAGGCUCAUUGAUGACGCAUUCCAACCCCCUGUGUAGUGUUUUUGUUUGGUUGAAAAUUUGCUUCGUCCAAUGAGAAGCACUGCCCAGAUCUUCGAAGUGACGCGUCAUCAAUAUGGAUGAUUUCUGGGCCAGUUCCUCAGUCUUUUAGCAGGAGGGUCGCGAAAUGUCAGCCUCGCACCCAGGCCAGUUCGCGCUAUCUGGGUGACCAGAGGAGGCUUGGAACGGAGCGCGAUAGCGCCUCGGCGAAUUUCUCCCGACGAGUUUGGCAGGCGACGUCACAUCCGAAAACGCCGUGGACGACUGGGAACGAGGCUGGCGAAAUGUCAGCUGUUUUUCUCAGGCUACCAAAGAGGAAAAUAUCAGAAUAUUCUUUAAAUUCAGGUAGUUUAAAGAAUAUUAUAGUAUUUUUGGCUUUGACCAAUAGGUUUAAGCUAUUUUCUCAAAUUUAAAAACCUCAGUUAAUAGAACUGUUCAUUAAAUUCCUUACUCAUUGUAGACGUUCAUUCAUAACAUUCUCUUUUGCAAUGAUCUCUCUGCCAGAUUCAAGUGAGAAAUCAGUAAGUGACGUCAUUCAUGAUUUGACCAAUUUGGGCUUUGAAGUUUGGGACACGUGCCUUGGUGAUGAAGGGGUUACCCUACAAAUAUCUUAA